AUGGCUAUGUAUUCAACUGUAUUCUUCAUAUUCUUGGUUUUUGUUACUAUUAUUGAUGGUCGAAAUCAUCUAAAAGAACGUCAAGUUCGUCAAUUAUGGAAAAUAAUAAAACAAAAUAUAGUUAAUAAAUUUAAUAUUGAUAAUCGUCAUUUUUAUCAACAUAAAAUACUUCUGUUUCCUGAUGUUGCUUUUCAAUCAUUAAAUAAUAAUAAUACAUGGAAAAUAAUAGUACAUGGUUGGAAAUAUGAAAAUAAUGGACUAAAAGAUUGGUUGAAAAUUACUACAAGUUUAUGGAUACAACGAUUAACUCAACAUCUUAUUAAUCAAAAUGAUAAUUUAUAUCCUAAUGGAUCGAUUACUGAUAAUCGACUUCAACCAUUUUUUGUUUCUGAUGAAUCAUAUCAAAUUAUUAGAAUUAUAAUUGGUAAUAAAAUAGAAUUAAUUCGUACAGAUACAAAUGGUCAAUUUUAUGAACAAAUUGAAAUAACAAAUGAUGAUAUACAAAAAUUUAAAAAAAUACAACAACAAAAUAAUAAUGUGAUUACAUAUGAAGCUAUGAGUAAUGAUAAAAAAAAUUCAACAGGAAUUAUACGACUUAUUGAACCUAAUCAAGGUAUUUCAAUAAUUAGUGAUAUUGAUGAUACUAUUAAAAUUUCAGAAGUAUUUGAUAAAAUACGUCUUCUUGCCAAUACAUUUAUUUUUCCAUUUAAACCUGUAUCAGGUAUGUCUGAUUUAUAUCAAAAAUGGCAAAUACAUAAUAAAAAUUGUACUUUUCAUUAUUUAUCAAGUAUGCCUGAUCAAUUAUAUACAUUAACACAAGAAUUUAUCAAUAGUAAUAAUUUUCCUAAUGGAUCAUUUCAUAUGCGACAUUUUCGUUGGGCAAUAAUAUCUUUAUUUGAUUUUCUUCAUUCUCAAUCAACAUUUGAUCAUAAAAUAAAAUAUUUACGUUUUUUUCUAUUAAAUACAAUACGAAAUUUUGUUUUAAUUGGUGAUAGUGGAGAAAAAGAUCCAGAAAUAUAUGGAACAAUUACACGAGAAUAUCCUGAACGUAUACGUGCUAUAUUUAUACGAGCAGUUAAUGAUGAAUCAUUUGAUGAUCAACGUUUUCGAGAUGCUUUUGAAGGUAUACCAGAAGAAAAAUGGCUUAUAUUCAAUGAUCCAAAACAAAUACCGAUCGAUUUAUCACGAGCACCAAGAACAAUAGUUUAA